AAACUUUACCUGUCUCUAAGCAAGGACAACGAAAAUACAUAUCAACUCUUAUUGAUGACGAGGAUGUGCAAAGUUCUUGUUUGCAUUUUAUCCGUACUAUGGGAGAAAGAUUAACUGCUGAUAAAUUUCAAAACUAUAUUCAGAACAAUAUCUUACCUAAUGUUACUAGCUCUCGCACUUCAAUUUCAUUAGAAACAGCUCGAAUUUGGCUUCGUCGUCUUGAUCUUGAAGCUUUAAUGCCACAAUUUGUUGAUGACAAUAUGGAAACAGUCAUUAACCCUGAAAUAAGUGAAGAAAAACAA